AUGGCGCCUCCAUACAUUAAGGUCCCCGACGGGGAUACUGACAUCCGGAGAACCUCGCUCUCAGUACCGCACAUGGCCACCACCACAUUGAGGAUAGGCGGCAUGACGUGCGGUGCUUGCACGUCUGCUGUCGAGUCGGGCUUCAAGGGCGUCGCCGGUGUCGGCAGCGUCUCCGUCAGUCUCGUCAUGGAGCGAGCCGUCGUCAUGCACGACCCCCAGACCAUCUCCGCCGAGAAGAUCCAAGAAAUCGUUGAAGAUCGCGGGUUCGACGCCGAAGUCCUCGCCACCGACCUCCCGAGUCCCCUCCUUCCCCGCCGCUCCGCACCGUUCGAUCGAGAGUAUACCACAACGACAGUUGGGAUUGAGGGCAUGACCUGCGGCGCUUGCACGUCGUCCGUUGAAGCUGGCUUCAAGGAUGUUCCUGGAGUAAAGAACUUCAACAUCUCUCUACUCUCAGAGAGGGCCGUCAUCGAGCACGACUCGUCGCUGUUAAGCCCCGAGAAGAUUGUCGAUUUGAUUGAGGAGCGCGGAUUCGACGCCACGAUAAUCAGCAGCGAGAAGAUGACACCAACUUAUGAAACGGGUAGCGCGGAAAAUGAGAAGGAGAAGUCCGUCGCAACAACCACUGUGGCCAUCGAGGGUAUGACCUGUGGUGCUUGCACGUCCGCUGUGGAAGGUGGUUUCACCGACGUCGAUGGAGUUCUGCGCUUCAACAUCAGUCUUCUCGCAGAACGGGCCGUUAUUACCCACGAUACUUCGAAACUACCCGCCGACAAGAUUGCGGAGAUUAUCGAGGACCGAGGAUUUGGGGCGACUAUCCUGUCGACCGUUUCUCAAUCCGACGACCAUGUGGGAGGAAACUCAACCGCUCACCUGAAGCUCUACGGCAACCUCGACAGUUCCGAGGCAACACUUCUUGAAAACACCCUCCUCGCUCUACCCGGUGUCUAUUCGGCAUCCGUCAAUCUUGCGUCCUCGCGACUGACCGUGGUGCACAAACCCGCUUUGAUCGGCCUCCGUGCUGUUGUUGAAGUUAUUUCGAAGCAAGGGCUGGAUGCCCUGGUUGCAGAUAACGAGGACAACAAUGCACAGCUAGAAUCUCUUGCAAAGACGAGGGAGAUUAACGAAUGGCGCAUGGCUUUCAGGACCUCCCUCUUCUUCGCCAUUCCCGUUUUCCUCUUAAGCAUGGUCCUACCCAUGAUCCCUGCCUUAGAUUUCGGCAGCAUAGCUAUAGUCCAUGGUCUCUACCUGGGCGAUUUGAUUUGUCUUGUUCUUACGAUACCCGUUCAGUUUGGCAUUGGAAAGCGAUUCUACGUUUCUGCAUACAGAUCCAUUAAGCACAGGUCACCCACCAUGGAUGUGCUCAUCAUUCUCGGCACCUCAUGCGCAUUCUUCUUCAGUCUCUUGGCCAUGAUGGUGUCCAUCUGCAGUCCGCCUCACACGCGGCCUAGCAUUCUCUUCGACACGAGCACCAUGCUCAUUACUUUUGUUACUCUAGGUAGAUUCCUGGAGAAUAGGGCCAAGGGCCAGACGUCCAAGGCUUUGUCCCGGUUGAUGUCUUUGGCACCGUCUAUGGCCACAAUCUACGCCGAUCCCAUCGCCGCGGAGAAGGCGGCCGAGCAGUGGGAUCAGGUGGACAUCAAGGAAGACACGAAGACGAAGAAGGGCGCCGCGAACGCCGAGGCAAAUGCGUCGGAGGAGCAGGUCAUCCCUACCGAGCUCAUCCAGGUCGGUGACAUUGUUAUUCUUCGCCCCGGUGACAAGAUUCCCGCGGACGGCAUUCUCGUUCGAGGCGAAACCUACGUCGACGAGAGCAUGGUCACCGGCGAGGCGAUGCCAGUAGAAAAGAAGAAGGGUAGCGUCAUGAUCGGAGGAACGGUCAACGGCCACGGCCGUGUUGAUUUCCGAGUUACUCGCGCCGGCCGAGACACCCAGCUCAGCCAGAUUGUCAAGCUCGUCCAGGAAGCGCAGACCACGCGGGCGCCCAUCCAGCGACUUGCUGACCUGAUUGCUGGUUACUUCGUCCCCUGCAUCCUUGUCCUUGGUUUCCUGACCUUUUUUGUGUGGAUGGUUCUCAGCCACGUCCUACCAAACCCCCCAGCCAUCUUCCUCAAGGACGAGAGUGGAGGCAAGGUCAUGGUCUGCAUCAAGCUGUGCAUUUCCGUCAUUGUAUUCGCCUGCCCCUUCGCCCUCGGUUUGGCUACGCCCACAGCCGUCAUGGUUGGCACUGGCGUCGGAGCCGAGAAUGGCAUCCUGGUCAAGGGCGGUGCUGCACUGGAGACCGCCACCAAGAUCACCCAAGUCGUCCUCGACAAGACUGGAACUAUCACGUACGGAAAAAUGAGCGUGGCCAAGGCUAGCCUAACUCCGACCUGGACUUCCAGUUCGCUCAACACGCGCCUCUGGUGGGCCGUCGUAGGCCUUGCCGAGAUGGGCAGUGAGCACCCCGUCGGAAAAGCUGUGCUCGUGGCGGCUAAGGAGCAGCUCGGCGUUGGGUCCGAUGGUAUGAUUGAGGGCAGCGUCGGCAAUUUCAAGGCCGCCGUGGGCAGGGGCAUCGGCGCCGAGGUCGAGCCCGCGAUAAGCGGUGGCGGCGAGCGGACACGGCUCAGGGUGCUCGUCGGCAACGCCAAAUUCUUGCGAGAGAACAAUGUGGCGAUUCCCCAGGACGCCAUCGAUGCGUCUGAGCUCGUGGGGUCAGAAGGCAAGGGCUCCUCGGCGGGCACGACCAACAUCUUCGUCGCCAUCAAUUCCGAAUACGCCGGCUACAUCUGCCUGGCGGACACGAUCAAGGAGGGCGCGGCGGCGACCAUCGACGUGCUCCAUAGGAUGGGCAUCAAGACGGCCAUGGUAACCGGCGACCAGCGCUCCACGGCGCUAGCGGUGGCACGCGUCGUCGGCAUCCCCGAGGAGAACGUCUGGGCCGGUGUCUCCCCCGACCAGAAGCAGGAGAUCAUCAGGGAGAUCCAAGACCGUGGCGAAGUUGUCGCCAUGGUCGGCGACGGCAUCAACGACUCCCCCGCCCUCGCGACGGCCAACGUCGGCGUCGCCAUGGCCAGCGGUACGGACGUGGCCAUGGAGGCCGCGGACAUCGUGCUCAUGCGCCCCACGGAGCUCAUGGACAUCCCCGCGUCACUGCACCUAGCGCGACAUAUCUUCCGACGCAUCAAGCUCAACCUCGCGUGGGCGUGCCUGUACAACCUCGUCGGUCUACCCUUCGCCAUGGGCAUGUUUUUGCCCCUUGGUCUGCAUUUGCACCCGAUGGCUUCGGGUGCUGCCAUGGCGUGUAGUAGCGUGUCGGUCGUGGUGUCGUCGCUGCUGCUCAAGUUCUGGAAGAGGCCUUCGUUUAUGGAUGAUGCGCUUGCGGGCAAGGGGAUGUUGAGGAGACGGGGGUCGUGGGGCGUAGGUGCGUGGAUUAAGGAUGUUGUUGUGAGGAGGAGGGAGAGGAGGAAGGAGGAGGGAUAUGUGCCGCUUCAGACUCUUGAGCAGGCCGAUGUUUAG